UUUGCAAGGGACUAUUCAGAGGGCGACGGCGGCCGCCGGGCGCUGGUGAUAAAAUAGGAGAUCCAGCCUCAUCUCCAAAGGUCAGAGAUAGUUGGGUUCCUGAGAGGGAGUGGCGGAGGCGAACCUCCCGAGAGCCACAAACUAGAGAAGAGUCGCCCCCAUCCGGGAGCAGGGACUGGUGGGAAGGAGGCCUGGGUCACUAAGGAUACAGAACCAGUGCUAAUACAGAGAACAGAACCUGCGUGAUGUCACAGCGGCCGGAGCACGGCAAGGUGGAGGCGACAAAGUUGCCUGAAGUGAGUGCCACCAUCUCAAGACUGUGCCCUUCCUCUGGAGAAGAGAGCAGAAGAGGAGAGAAUGGCUGCUAGGCCUAUGAUGGCAGGUUCAGGUUAUCAAAGACAUUGGAAGAGGUGGCUAUGGACGUAACCUGGGAGAAGUGGGAGCAACUGGACCCUGCUCAGAAGUACAUGUUGGAAAAAUAUAGGAACCUGGUUUUGCUAGAUGAGAAGAUUAGAUGUGGGGCUAAGAAGUCAACAGUAGAGCAGCAGGACAUUUCCAAAGAAGGUUCAUCUCAAGGAAUAAAGACAGAAGAAUUUACAAAGAGAAAGUCUGUGUUGGAAGAAACCUGGAAAUCUAAAGGCCAGUUUAAAAAUCAGCCGCUAAACCAGGAGAAAUAUAUGGGUCAAGAAAUAGUCACCUGCAUGAAAAUUUCUGCCAGAGAAAGAAAUAUAGAAUCUAAUGAAUUUGGGAAAGGUUUCAGUAUAAGACCAAUACUUGUUAUAAAGCAGAGUGAUUCCAUAGAGGAGAGAUGUCAUAAAUAUGGUACGUGUGGAAAGAUGUUCAAACAAAAUUCAGAUUUAAUUAUAAAGAGAAAAUGUGAUGGAAAGAAACCUUGUAAAUGUAGUGAAUGUGGGAAGACCUUCAGAGACCAUGCUAUUCUUGUUCAGCAUCAAAGAACUCUUAGUGGAGAGUGACCCUAUAAAUGUGAUGAAUGUGGAAAAGGUUUUAACCAGAGUUUCCACUUAACAAACCAUCAGAAGACUCAUACAGGAGAAAAGCCCUACAAAUGCAACGAAUGUGGGAAGGCCCUCAGUUAUUGCUCAGUUCUUAUCCAACAUCAGAGAAUUCAUAGUGGGGAGCGACCUUAUGAGUGUACUGCAUGUGGCAAGACCUUCAGUCAUAGUACAUACCUUACACAGCAUCAAAGAAUACACACUGGUGAGAAACCCUAUAAAUGUCUUGAAUGUGGAAAGGCUUUUAGUCAGAGCACACAUCUUACUCUGCAUCAGAGAAUCCAUACUGGAGAGAAACGUUAUGAAUGCAAUGAAUGUGGUAAGUUCUUUAGUCAAAGUGCACAUCUUACUCAACAUCAAAGAAUUCAUACAGGAGAAAAACCUUAUGAAUGUAAUGAAUGUGGGAAAGCCUUCAGUGAUCACUCAGCUCUUAUUCGACAUCAUAUCAUUCAUACUGGGGAGAAACCCUACGAAUGUAAUGACUGUGGUAAAGCUUUCAGUUAUUGUUCAGACCUCAUUCAACAUCAGAGAACGCAUACUGGAGAGAAGCCAUACAAAUGCAAUGAAUGUGGGAAUGCCUUUAGUGAUUGUUCAGCCCUUAUUCAACAUCAAAGAAUUCACACCGGAGAAAAGCGCUAUGAGUGUAAUGAAUGUGGGAGAGCCUUUGGUAACUAUUCAGCUCUUAUUCGACAUCAAAGAAUUCAUACUGGAGAAAAACCUUAUGAAUGUAAGGAAUGUGGAAAAGCCUUCAACAGAAGCACAUACCUUACUCAACAUCAGAGAAGUCAUACAGGAGAGAAACCAUAUAAAUGUAAUGAAUAUGAGAAAACUUUCAGCCAGAGUUCAUUCCUUAUGCAACAUAUAAGGAUUCAUACUGGAGAAAAGCCCUACAAAUGCAAUGAAUGUGGGAAAACUUUAAGUGUCCAAUCAGGGCGUAUUCAGCAUCAGAGAACUCACACUGGAGAGAAACCGUAUGAAUGUAAUGACUGUGGGAAAGCUUUUAGUUUCUGUUCAGCCCUUAUUCAACAUAAAAGAAUCCAUACUGGAGAGAAGCCCUAUAAAUGCAAUGAUUGUAGAAAAGCCUUUAGUGAUCGGUCAGGACUUGUUCAGCAUCCUAAUCAUACUGGAGAGAAACCUUAUAAAUGUAAUGUAUGUGGAAAAGUCUUCAGUCAGAGUACAAACCUCACAAAUCAUCAGAAAACUCAUACUAAUGAAAAAUCCUAUAAAUGUAAUGAAUGUGGAAAAGCCUUUAGUUACUACUCAGGCCUCAUCCAACAUCAGAUUACUCAUACUGGGGAGAAGCCUUAUGAAUGCAGUAAAUGUGGCAAAGCCUUCAGCCGAAGGAUGGACCUUAAAAAACAUCAGAAAACUCAUACUGAAGAGGAACCUUACAAAUGUAAUGAAUGUGGGAAAGCCUUUGGCCAGAGCACCUAUCUUACAAAACACCAGAAAAUUCACAGUGGAGAGAAAUCCAAUAUACAUACUGAGUAUAGGAAAACCUUUAAACAAAAUUCUUCUAUUCAACAUGAGAAAACUCACACUGGAGACAAAUCUUCUGACUGCCUUGAGAGUUUGAUUAGUGUGGAGUUCCUUCCCAGGGAAAUGAAAGGAGGAUCAUGAAAACUGUCAACUACCUAGAAUAGCCAUAUGGUUUAAUGGAAAGAGCAUGUUUCUGGGUUUUAGAAGUCCUGGAUUUUAAUCUCAGCUCGAUUACUAACUAGGUCUUUUACUUUGGGGUAA